AAAUGAAAUUCAUGACUCAUAACUUGAGGUCAGAAGUCUGAGGUAAUAUAGGUGCAAAGUUGAAAAAUGGCAGCUCCUGUUCCCCCUCCUCCUCCCCCAUGUCCCCCCUCUCUCCCUUCUCUUUCACCCCAGGAAGAUGAUCCAAUCAUUAUAGACCCUCCUAAUAUCCAAUCUGAGCUCUACAAUAUAAUAGAGAGAGAUCAUGCAGUUUCACUGGACACUAAUUCCUCAGAGAUCAUUACAGUAUCAAUUCUGCAUCAAAGCCUCAGGCCAGCCCUGCAGAGAAACAGGCCUAUGUGUGGGCUGGUUGCCUUGUGUAUGGCUGAUCAAAUAAUUCACAAUGAUACAAUAUGCAAGGACCCUAUGGAAGUACUGGAGAUGUCACGAGAAGCAGGUUUUAGCAGACAAGGAGAGAUAUUGUCAUCGGAUCAUUUACUGCAAUUAGCUAAAGGCGUUUUGAAUUGUACUGGUUCUAUUGUUAAUGUUGAAGAGAUAAGGUCUGUUGAUAUAAUUCGUUGGCUACUAGCAAGACAAGCUUUAUUGAUACCUUAUGAUUGUGACAAGGACCACACUCCAUUCCAGUGUUACGGACAUGCUGCUCACUGGUGUGUCAUAAUUGGAGCAAAUUUUACAGUUUCGCGGGAAAUUUACAAAUCUUUUAAUCUGACCUCUUCCUUCCCUUUACCACCUGAUCAUUACUAUCUUGAUAUGGUGGACGAGAGCGUUAGAAAAUUUCUAAGAGAUGAAAGAGUGAAGCAAGACAUAUUACAAAGAGAGGAUCAGUUUCACGUAUUUGCAAGGCAAGGAAAAAGUCGUCAUCUUUGUAUGUGGAAGCUGUCUCGUUUAUUGCAAAGUUGCAGCAAUUUAUAUGAACUUGGACCUCAUAGAGAUCCCAAGGAUUAUGUUCUGCCUGCUGGAAACUUAAAGGAAUGCUUGAAAUCACAAACUGUAUUGUUACACUCAAAAUUAUGUCCUAGUUAUUAGAACUCUUAUUACAGUACUAAUUUUGAAAUAAUUUUUUCUUGUCAUUUAGGGCAAUGGCUGAAA